CGGGAGACGCUAGAAGCCGUCUAAACAGAAACUUCUGGAGUUGUUUAUGAUUGCUGCGAGCUGGGAAGAAAACGAUACAAAAAUCGAAAUAAAUACAAGCAAUGCACGAGAAAAACAAUAACUACGGGGACUAAAAACUCAUUUCUGAGAAUUUUUAAGCACCGAAUUGUUUUUUAACUGGUUUCCUGAAGUUUUUGAUUUGGCUAUACUUUGCUCAGUAAGAUAGCUGUCGUGGGACGGUAAAUGUUACAGUUUUACUAACUUCAGAUGAAUACGUUAUCAACAGAUUUCUGUAUUUUUCCCCCCCGAUAGGCAGAACAACAUUCUGGUGACGGACGUCUUGGAAUAACAUGGAUUUUUGGAAUAAAAAGUUGAAACUUGGAAGUGCACGACUAAAUUCCAGUUCAGCCUAAUUUAAUUUUCCAGUUAUACACUUCACAUGCUGAACUAAUAUGUCUAUUUUGUCCUCUUUAGCGCAAUCAUUUAACAAGCCAUUGUAGGAGUGUAGUGUAACUGCUGAAUUAAAGCUAAAUAUAAUAUUGCAACGUACGUCAUCUCAGCUCAUUUAUUAACUGCGUAAAAUCUAUUAAUGUUGAGCUGGAUAUUAACGCGAUGAACAUUUGUGUCUAUCUUACUCAAGCGGAAAAUGUAUUUUCCAUCCUGUGGGGAAUGAAUGAUUUUAUGAUUUUAUAGAGUCCUCCUUUAAAUACAGCAGCUCAUUAUUACGUGGGUCCGGCAGUUACAGUAGUGUCUGUACCGUACUAGUGUUUCGAGUAAUUGCGUUUCAGGAGCAACACAACAGGUGGAAUUGAGGAAGGCCAGUCCAGACUUGCCAGUGUCCCUCUGACUACUGUGUCGCGGAAUAAGUAGCCAAGGCAGGUGACAGGUGACCGAAUUCCUAGAGGACGGCAGCAUGAUACAGAAUCGGGGAGAAAAUAAAUGAGAUUUUUAACCUUUUUUUUUUAAAAAAAAAGCGCAACCUGUUGAAUUCGCCCUGUCAGUUGUAGUCGUUAACACGGAGGGAACCAACAACAGAAGAUCCUGUUUCACGUACUGUAUUUGCUACCCCACUUCUGUCGGAUUACAGUAUUGGCUCUUUAUAUUUAAUAUUUUUGGAGUACAAUGCCUACCAAACAAGGAUCCGUGAUGAGCAUGCACCUGGAAUAUGUGCAAAUUAAGGCACAUUACGGCGGGGACAUGCUGAUCACAGACCUGGAUACCUCAAUGACCUACACUGAGCUGUGUGAUGAGGUCAGAGACAUGUGCAACCUGCUUCAGCAGCAGCCAAUCACUCUCAAGUGGAUCGAUGAUGAAGGUGAUCCCUGUACCAUCUCAUCCCAGAUGGAACUGGAAGAAGCGUUUCGUUUGUACAGCCGGAACAGAAAGGAAGGCCUACUUGUCCACGUAUUCCCCAGCAUUCCAGAAAAACCAGGCAUGCCCUGUCCCGGAGAAGACAAAUCAAUCUACCGUCGCGGGGCCAGACGAUGGAGGAAGCUCUAUCGAGUGAAUGGGCAUCUUUUUCAGGCCAAGCGCUUUAACAGGAAAGCUUACUGUGGCCACUGCAGUGAAAGGAUAUGGGGGCUCGGAAGGCAGGGCUACAAGUGUAUCAACUGCAAACUCCUGGUCCAUAAGCGUUGUCACAAACUUGUUCCUCUGACCUGCCAAAGGCAUAUGGAUCCUGUCAUGCCAUCCCAGGAGCCCCCAGUAGAUGAAAAAAAUGACGAAGUGGACCUCCCUAGUGAAGAAAGGGACGGAAUUCCUUUCCUGCCACACAAUCGCAACCUGGACAAAGUGGAGGAUGAUUCAGAGGAUAUCAAGCCUGUGGUGGAUGGGAUUGACGGGAUCAAGAUCUCACAGGGGCUGGGAUUGACGGACUUUGACCUGAUCCGAGUCAUCGGGCGCGGCAGCUACGCCAAGGUGCUCCUGGUGCGGUUGAAGAAGAACGACCAGAUCUACGCCAUGAAGGUGGUCAAGAAGGAGCUGGUGCACGACGACGAGGAUAUUGACUGGGUCCAGACGGAAAAGCAUGUGUUUGAGCAGGCUUCCAGCAACCCCUUCUUAGUUGGCCUUCAUUCCUGUUUCCAAACCGAGAGUCGAUUAUUCCUUGUAAUUGAGUACGUAAAUGGGGGUGAUCUGAUGUUCCAUAUGCAGAGACAACGGAAACUUCCGGAAGAACAUGCACGAUUUUAUGCUGCUGAAAUUUGUAUCGCUCUGAAUUUCCUCCAUGAGAAAGGCAUCAUCUACAGGGAUUUAAAACUGGACAAUGUUCUCUUGGACCAAGAGGGACAUAUCAAAUUAACAGAUUAUGGGAUGUGCAAGGAGGGCAUACAACCCGGUGACACAACCAGUACAUUUUGUGGCACUCCAAAUUACAUAGCACCAGAAAUCCUCCGGGGAGAAGACUAUGGGUUCAGCGUGGACUGGUGGGCUCUGGGGGUGCUGAUGUUUGAGAUGAUGGCUGGAAGAUCCCCAUUCGACAUCAUCACGGACAAUCCCGACAUGAACACAGAGGAGUACCUGUUCCAAGUUAUUCUUGAAAAGCCCAUUCGCAUUCCAAGAUCUCUCUCUGUCAAGGCUGCCAGCGUAUUAAAGGGCUUUUUAAAUAAGGACCCUAAAGAGAGACUUGGUUGCCAGGUGCAGACUGGAUUUUCAGAUAUCAAAUCGCACACCUUCUUUCGCAGCAUAGACUGGGACCAGCUGGAGAAGAAGCAGAUGACGCCCCCUUUCAAGCCCCAGAUUACGGAUGACUAUGGUUUAGAUAACUUCGACACUCAGUUUACCAAUGAACCAGUGCAGCUAACUCCGGAUGACGAAGAUGUCAUUAAAAGAAUAGACCAGUCGGAAUUCGAAGGAUUCGAGUACAUUAAUCCUAUGCUGCUGACCACAGAAGAAUCUGUAUGAGGGUGAAGACGGCUUUCUUCACCUGCGCAUUGCAAAGUGACCUCAGUGACAUGAAUUCUUACUGACAUUGUGGAGUGGGAGAGGGCUCUGCUGAACUGCUUGCAUGCUCAGUCGAAGAACUGGUGCGAGACUUUUGGACCGGAGAACUCACCGGAUUGUUUCAGAAACUGUGGCAAGGGUAUUUAAAACACCACCACCAACAACAACAAAAAGAAAACUUACAGAAUAACAGAACACAUCCAAGGUCAGUCGGGGGCAGUCUUCCUCUAACCACAAUCAGUUUAUUUCCCUUUUUAAACUCAUCACCGGAGGUGUCAACACUACUGACUUUGUAACCGAAGAAGAAAGCUUGUUCAUUCUGUGCCUGCUUCCAUGAAGGAUCUAAAAUAUUCAUUUCAUCCCUGGGAAAAUAUGACAGUUCUGCUUCAGAACUUGAUUCUAUGUGCACUUUUUUUUCCGCUGUUUCUAUUUUUUUUUAAAGACAAUAGCUAUCUUCGAGGGGGUUUGGCCUCCUAAUAACACAAGAAUGUAAUAUGAUGAAGGAAAAGUAUAAACUGUAUUAUAAUGUAGGUAGAAGAUCCCAAAUUGAUUAUGCCUUUUGUUGAUGCAAAAAGGCAUGUUUUAUUUAUAUUUUGGGGGGACGUAAUUGCUGUACUUCACCAAACAAAGGAGUUGCAUUUAACUUGUAAUGGAUGGCUUAGGAGAAACUGAGGACAGGAUGUUUAAAAAGUGCCUGAUAAGAUCCGAAAUAUCUGUUUUUCACAUAUUCCAGAUUGCACUUAAAAUGCUCUAGUUUUAAUUAGUUUGAUUUUCUAAAACUGUACACCUGACUGCUGAAGUGAGGAAAGACUUUACCAAACUCGAAACACUUACCCCAGCCUCAGUGCAGUUUGUCUCAGAAAAUAGCAAAAGUUAAAUCUGGUGUCUGAAUUCUGCAGUGGAAGCAUUAUUAAAAUAAUUGAGUAAACAUUUUCAAAUUGAAAUGUGCAAGGUGAAAGAAGGGGCUAGCACACAUUCAUGAAGACCAAGGAUAUUAUUGAAAUUAAGGUGUGUAGUUGCACUGCACUUCAUUGUUAUGAUUAAUUCAGAAAAUGCAUAAUGUUUAGUAAAUGCACAACUCCUUUGUUCAAUGACGUUUAAGGUCAAUAACUGAAGGUGAUUACUAGGGUUAAAUCAUCUGAUGAUCAGAUAUGGUAAGCUCAGGCACUUUGAUUCCAGAAUUAGUGAUAAAGUACUGAAUCACUGUCAAAUAAAAAUAAUGAAGAUACAAGCCAGAAACAAAAUGGUAGCAAAUGAAAAUCUGUUCACUUGUAAAGUCAAAAAUAAACCCACAUUUUUGUGAGGAGCCAUUUCAUUACACUGGAAUGCUACAGUUUAGGAGGUGAGGUAAGGACGAGAUUACAAUUAUUUUUAUUACUAUGAUUUUAAUGUGUUUUACUCAACCUUUACACAGUGGAUAACUUUGAAUGGCUGAACUCACACUGAAGAGACAGUAUCCCUUAUGCAUUUAUUUCAGGGGCUUUCUAAUCCUACCGCAUAGUUCCGCAACACAUUAAAACACUUUUAUCUUGAAUAUUAUCUUCUCUCCUCUCCACAACGGCAGACACGUACACACACAUUCCCUCGAUAAAAGCUCUCAGGGACUUGGGCGCAGUGCUACGGGGCUGAGCUGAAUGCUGCUGAUGGUCCUAAGGGACAAAGGGAGGCGAUUUACACUUGACAAGUUCCGAAUCAGUGGAGUUCCAACCCGAGGCACAAGUGCGUUCUACUGAGAUAUAAUGCCAUUGAUACACAUAAUAAUACCCAUCGCCAAUAGUAUGUUUUCUCAUCUUUCCACGGGGGAAAAAUAUUAAAAAGAGAAGGACCCGCAUAUCAACUGUAAAUUAGUUUGUAGAUUUUCUGGGCUUGUUCCAAUUUUCAUUCACAAUAAGAGAUAAAGGAAAGAAACUGCACAGGUAGACAUUUCUUGAUUAAGACUGGCCUGCAUUCAUAUGAUAACUUGUGUAACAGGAUUAAAUACACUUUCCCAGUCCUAGACAGCCAAUCUGCUAGUGUUGCAUCGAUUAGUUAUAGCAGACUAAAAACCUAGAUAUCAUAGCAGAGUGCAUAGCAGAGAGGAGAGUGCCUAAAUCACUUUGAUUAAAUUAAUAUUCAAAAGGUCUGUGGAGAGGUUCUUUUUAAAAAAAAUCCCAUAGACACUUUUUAGGGCAUUCCCUCUUUUGUAAGCCUUUAAGCAGUUUUCUACAGGAGUCAAUACUGAGGAUAUUUGGUUGGGCUUUUAAUUAUAAUGUAUAUAUACACAAAUGUAUUGUGUACUAGUUUACAUUUUAAUGAUGACAAGAGGCUCAGUACAAAAUCAAAAUAAUCCACCUGAGCAUAUACAGUUAGUGUGUUAUUAAAGAUCUCUCCCUAGAUGUAGUUAAAAUGCCAUGUUGUAUUAAUUUAACACAUAUUGGUAAAAGUUUCAUGAGGCAGAAUAUUUCAGUAUAUUCAUAUGCAUUGUAAGAUGUAGUAUAUACAUACAUGUGUAUAUACAGUAUGCAGCUCCUUCACUAAUACAAUCCAACAGAAACAAAAAACAGUAUGAUUAAAAUAUACCCUAGAGUUUUACCAGUGUAUAAAGCCUUGAAUUCACUCUAGCAGGAGCAUUACUGUAAAUAAUUGAAUUUAAAUGUUAACACUUUAGGUUUCACUUAAAUCAACUAGUCUGCGCACAUGCAAGCAAUCCAACAGAAUAGUAGCCAUAGUCUGGUUGCUGUGGAAAUAUUGGACAUAACAGAGAUACUGUCUCUAAGUUGCGGGUAAGGUGUAUACAAAUUCCUAAAAGGCAUUGAAUUAUAAGUUAAUAAUGUUUGCCAAAUAUGUCAAGCUAUUUUCUCUGCAUUUUGCUAAUUGUGUUAAGAGUCCAAAGCAAAUCAUGUUCUAUCAAUGUGCUUAGGGGAAAUUUUUAUAUUUGAAGCAUUUGUUUUAUAAAUGAAAAACAGAUCAUUAAAUGUUUAAGGAAAACAAAUCUUCAACAGGAUUGAGAAGAAGUCUGGUAUGGCACAGUGUGGUCAAACAGGAUUAGUAUUAAUGAUUCUAGAUACGUGUAAACCAGUAAAUAUGUUCAUUGUAGUUA